GUUGGAAGAUUAUGAUGAUCUCUUGCCAAUCUGGACACGUCAGAGUGAGACUCUGAAAGAAACCUAUAGUGAAUAUUUCCUUGCUGAUCUCAUAGAAUGUCAAGACGAAGAAAAUCAGGCUGUUGUUUGCGAGGAUGGUGACACUGCAGUGGGAUUCAUGAGCUUAUGUUCUCAAGUAAAUGUUUCUUUGUUCCAAGAGUGUUUUGACUUAGGGCCUUUCCAUGGACUCUGUAAACCACAUCCUGAAGAUGUUCUCAAAAUGCCACAGAAGCCCAGCAUUCAAGAAGAUGAAGAUAAAAGCAACCAAACAAGUCAAGAAACAGAGUCUGUUUCAUCUCGAAACUUUGAACAUAUUCAUGAUCAGGAUGCAGCUGUCCAGAAAGAUGGAGCCAUUACUGUUCCCCAUACUGAUCUGCUGUUAGAUGAUGUCACAGGCAAAGAUUUCAAAGCCUCAGCAACACCCCUCCUUGAGACUGAAGAAGAUGCUUUUCAUCCAGUGUACAAAGGAGCUUCAAAUGCGUUCUGUAUCCGUCUGUUUUGUAUUGAUGAGCAGCAUGAAACUAGAUCACUGGAUUUUUUGCAUUAUGUUUUCAAGCUUUUUCCGGACAAAGACUUCUGUGUCAUCCUUGUGCCACAUCAUAUACCGGAGUUCCCCCUGAUCCAGAGUUUUGUUCGAGCUGUCCCGUUCUGUACUUCCAAACUUGCUCAUGAGCUUUAUGUGUUCCACCGUGCGGGAUUGCUCAAGUCAUUUAAUGUAAGAAAGGCAACAACCAAUGACCUACUUGGUGUCAAAAUGCUCAUUAAAACCCUUAGCUUGAAUGAAAGUAUAUUGAAUGACUUAAAGAUAUUUACUCUGGCUCGCAGGGAUCCAGAUGGGACUCCAGUGCAGGCUUUCAUAGCAGAAGUUUUGGAUCAAAUAGUUGGCAUUUCUGUUAUUAGAGAUGAAAUGGAUAUUGAGUAUAUUCGAUCGCAUUACAACAUUGAAGAUUUUAUUCAUUUUAAUCACCACCAGCAAGAGGAACAUGGACAUCUUUACCACUUUGUCUUAAAUCCUAUAUUUCGUCACUAUACAAAACACUUUCUAAAGGAGAUUCUUCGCUUGGCCCACAAAUCUGCUCUUUACUAUCCUAUUUAUCCACAGUAUGUGGAAGGCAAGAUCGCUGUCUUUCAGUUUCAGAAUCCCUGUGCCCAUUCCCUGACAUCUGCCCUUCAUUACAUGGUUCCCGUGCGACCAAGACGACAGAUUGUCUAUCCUCUGGAAGAGCUUGGCAUAAACGCUCCAUCAGAGCAGGUCUCCAAGGAUCAG